CGCGCUGCCCGGCCCGGCCCCAUGGCGCUGCUCCGCCGCCUGCGGGAGCGGCCCCCGCCGCCCCCCGCCCCGGCGCCCCGCCGGGCUCCGCCGCGGCCGCCCUUCUCCUUCGCCCCGCGCCGCCUGCGCCUGGGCCCGCAGCACCCGCUGCUGGAGGACGGCGACGUGCAGAGACACCUGUACCUGCGGGACGCCCUCACGGGCCGGGCCGAGGAGGCGGAGAGACCCAGGGUAUCUGAAUUCUGUUGUCACAUCUCUGGGUGCUCCCAGGUCUUUGACACCCUGGAGGGCUAUGAGCACCACUACAACACGCUGCACAGGAAUGUCUGCUCCUUCUGCAAGCGCUCCUUUCCUUCAGGGCAUCUCUUGGAUAUCCACAUCUUGGAGUGGCAUGACUCACUCUUCCAGAUAAUGGCGGAGAAACAGAACAUGUACAAGUGCUUGGUAGAAGGCUGUACAGAGAAAUUCAAGAGCAGCAAUGACAGAAAGGAUCACUUGGUCACCGUUCACCUUUACCCUGCUGACUUCCGAUUUGGUAGACCAAAGAAAGUGAAAAGUGGCACCAAGCACAUGAGCUGUCCCACGCAGCAGUGUGCAAGUGUGCCAGUGGAUGUCAGCAUGGAGACUUCGGAGCAAUUCCAAGUGGACCCCAUGGAAGUAGGGCCCAGUGAGAGCAUGGAGAUCCCUCAGCCUGCAGCCAGCCCCAGCCCUUCAGUGCCAGAAAAACGACUCUAUAAAUCCAGGGUCCCAUCCACAAUUUGCUUCGGGCAAGGUGCCACCCGGGGAUUCAAAGGCCCAAGGAAGAAAGUCUGAAGCACUAGAGAUAGUCACAAGAUGAAAAGACACCAGCUGCCACCACCAGCAAACAUUAUCGAUGGUGCGGUGGCCAUGCAGGAAUAUUUGCAGUCACAUGCAAGGAUCCACUCCCUUUCGGGAAAGUGGAGACAACAGGGGUUGUGCGGUUUGGGAUGCAUAAAUAUCCUGGGAGGUGCUUUGCUACAGUCCCUUUGUGUCUGCGAACCUCAUCCCUUUGAGAGGAUUUCUGAGCAGAGCCAUGCUUAUAUUCAUCCUCCAUGAGCCACAAAGCUCUCUUCUCUGAUACCCCCAAAACCAAACUACAGAUAAAUUUGUCUGCCUCU